UUCAUUCCUUUUAACUACUCCUCUGGAAGUGCAGCCGAUGCAGGUGUGUUGAACGGUUUCUGACCAGCCCUCUUCCUGUUAUGUGAGCUCUUCCACUCAAGGCUGAGACAAUUUCGAAAAGGUGGAGGGCCCUGGUGAAUAUGAAGUGAAAAUCAAUUUUACAGGGGAAAUGGAGCAUCCUAAAUUGUUACAACUAAGUGACUGAUGCCAACUGCAUAUUUUGUUAGAAAAACCGCUUUCUGCUCUAUUCUAGCAGGAGUGGGAAAGAGGCUGUUAUAAUAGAGGGCACUCACCCGGUGUCAUACCAAAUUAAAUAGCAUCCCACGGCGAUGUAUUUCUAACCACCUCAUAAGGAAAGUCAGAAGUAAGGCAAUUAACAAGCGCUGGACUGGCCCCACCCCACUCUGGUUAUGAACAUCAUCAUGCUGCCCCAUCCUGAAGGGGAAGCUCCUCACCUCAUAUAACCACACCCACUCCUUCCUCUCCUGCCCUUCACCGAUGCCCCUCAUAAAAUGAACCAGUAAUUUUGAAAGCUUUGGCUCUCCUGAGUAGAGAGGUACAGCAGUAGUCAAGAGGUAUGGGUGUACACUCCAGGUUUGUUCCCCCUUCCCAUUAAUGUCAGGGUGUCUGAGGCAGGUUCUGUGCCUUCCUCCAGUGGGACAGGCCAGCCAGUCUUGAGUGUGACCAUACUAUAAAUGUUGGACUGACUCCUGUACAUGGGCCACAGACUGUGAUACACACCAUGAUUGUGCCAUUUUAGCUAUUUCUUGUGAUAAUACAGAGUUUUAGAAAAUGAAAAUCCAAAAACUUUGGGAGCAGAAAGCAGAGGAUGAUAGAGUAAACAAAAUUAGUCUGAAAGUCUAUUGGCCUAUGCAGGUGAAGAGCCAAAUGAAUUUUAAGACUGUGAAAGACUUCCACUACCUUCAGUCAAGUGGUUUGUGGAACUGCAGAAAUGGAAACUUCGAUCGCCGUAUGAAAGACAGACAGACAUUGGCUGGGAAGACGGCUCGGUCAUUCCAGUGUUUCAGAAAUAAGCAGGAAGGCCUGGGUUUUACCUCCAGUACCCAUGUUUAUCAAAAAAAACCCAAUAAUUUAACAAACUGAGCAUGGUGAUGUGUGCCUGUAAUCCUAGCACUGGGAGACAGAGACAGGAUGAGGAUGAUCCCUAGGCAUCACUAACCAGCCAGUCUCACCUAUGUGACAAGCCCCAGGCCAAUGAAAAACCUUGUCUCAAACAAGGUAGACAGCCUCUGAGGAAAACAUCUGUCCUCAUGCUUCAAUGUGCGUGCGCACACAUGCUUCAAUGUGUGUGCGCGCAUGUGCACACACACACACACACACACACAGGGGUGAAGUGAGGGAGACAGACAGAAGACAAAACCUAUUCUAUAUAAAUAUACACUAAAGGUGGCAUAACCAUCAGCAUCAUGUGUAAGCUGCUAGGACAAAGCCCGACCCCAGAAAGAGGUAGCAUUACUGCAAGCUUUUCCUCUCUAGCUUGUAACAGGCCAAAGCUGAGUGGAUGAGUAGUAGUCAGCACUUCGCUGACCCCUGGGGGUCAUCUAGAAACAUGGUUUGGUCCAUUUUGUUUCUCUGUCAACCUUUUAGAGAUACCCAUGUGUGCAUCCUCAAAACUGGCUCCCGUGCGUGUAUACCAAAGCCUUUGAAAAGAAAGCUUAGCAAAGAGGAAGCGAUUUCUUUGUGAAAAUUUCCCUCCGGGGCUUGUAUGUCUCACUUGCGCUCACAAUUCCUGGGCUGGAACUUGAUCAGAUGGCUACACUGAGCAGCAAAGGCACAGAGCCUUGAACUGGAUGGCUCCAUACUUAGAAAAAAAUGGUUCUAGUAAUACAAGAAGGAGAAGAGUUAAUGCCUGGCACGAUAUUAAUCAUGUCACCGAUGCCAUUUUAAUUGCUGGUAAGAGGAUAGUGUUGAGGGCAACUGACAAAGUCAUUUGUAAAAAAAAAUAAAGUUAAACAUAUACAAAGAUCAACUCAAAAUAAGAGUUAAAACUAUAAAGCUCUUAGAAGAAAAUACAGACACAUAUCUUCAUGCUUUGGGGGUCAAGUAACAGUUGCUUAUAUGAUGAUGCCAAAAUCACAAAUGGCAAAAGAAAAAAUAAGUAAGUUGGACAUGAUAGGAACAAACAGGUUUUAUGCUGUGGAGAAUUUCAAGAACCUGAAAGAGAACUCACAGCAUGGGGUGGGGAGACGGCUCAGUGGAUAAAAGCACUUGUACAGGUGUGAAGGUUGAAGUUCCUCAGAAGCCACAGGAAAGCCAGGCAUGUGUAGUGGCCCACCAAUAACCGUAGCCACUGGGAGGCUGCCAUUGUGGAGUUCUGGGGCCAGCUGGCUGGGGAAAGUAACCAAAUUGUCAAUCUUCAGGUUCUGCAGGCAUCCUGCCUUGAUAAAUAACAUGGAGCACAACUGAAGCAGAUACUUGAUAUCAGCUUAUCACCUCCAUGAGUACACACACAACACAUACAUGUGAACACACAUAAACAUACACAUUUAUAUCACACAGGUGCAGACAUGCAAAAAAAAAAAAAAAAGGAAAAGGAAAAAUGUAGCAAACUUUCCUGUUGGACUAUCUUUGGACUGCCAAUCCGCAAAUAAUGACCUGGAGACUUGUUAUUAAUUAUGAAAGCUUGGCUUUUAGCUUAGGCUUGUCUCAACUAUCUCUUAUAUGUGGUGUUAACUCUCUUCCAUCUUGUACCUUCUGUCUCCUCUCCAUGUUUGGCUGGCCACUCUGCCUUUCUUCUUCCUGGACUCUUCUCUGUCUCUGGAAGUCCCACCUACCCUCUUCCUGACUAGCUAUUGGCCAUUCAGCUCUUUAUUAAACCAAUCAGAGGGCGCCUUGGCAAAACCACAUCUUCACAGUGUAAACAAAUAAUCUGGGACAGAAAAAAACUCACAGAAUGGGUGAAUAUAUUUGCAAAUCAUUUCAUAGAAAAGCCUUGUAUUCAGACUAUGUAAAGCACUUUUACAACUCAGAAGUAAAAAGACAAAUACCUAAUUUUAAAAGGGCAAGAUUUUUUGAACAGUCUUCUCCAGAAAAGAUGCACAGUGGGCAAGAUGGCCAAUAAAUAUGUGAAAAGAUGCUUACCAUCAUUGGCCAUCAGAGAAAUGGAAGACAAAGUCACAAUGAAAUCUCUCUUCACCCACCAUUUGGUGGAUGACAGGGAACGAAGAGCAUCUGCAACAGCAGAUUCCCAAGGGCGCAGGUGGGCCUGUUGGAGUGUUGGGAUUUGAGCUUCUGCUCUUUGAACCCAGGAUCUCGAAAUGCAUCGUGAUUCCUGCCCGUUAGAUUGCAAGGUGUAUGUAGGUAAUCUUGGAAACAAUAGGAACAAGACUGAAUUAGAAUGGGCUUUUGGCUAUUGUGGACCACUCCGAAAUGUGUGGGUUGCUCGAUACCCUCCUGUCUUUGUGUUCGUUGAAUUUGAGGAUCCCCGAGAUGCCGCUGAUGCUGUCCCAGCAUUAGAUGGAAGAACACUAUGCGGCUGCCGCAUAAGAGUGGAACUUUCGAAUGGUGAAGAAAGAAGUUGGAAUCGUGGCCCACCUCCCUCCUGGGGUCGUCGUCCUCCACCUCGGCAAAGAUCUCCAAGAAGGAGAAACUUCUCUCGAAGCCAGAGCAGGUCACUUUCUAGAGAGAGGAGAAGAGAAAGGUCUCUGUCUCGUGACAGAAAUCACAAGCCAUCUCAAUCCUUCUCUCAGUCUCAUAGCCGAUCUAGGUCACAUGAAAGGAAGUAGACCAGUUUGCAAAAGAAGUGGUGUACAGGAAAUAGCUUCAUUUGACAGGAGUAUGUACAGGAAAUUCAAGUUUUGUUUGAGACUUCAUAAGCUUGGUGCAUUUUUAAUAUGUUUUAGCUGUCCAGAUUUCUUUUGUCUCCUGGAACAGUGGCACGCACACAACGAUAUAAUUCUCUGUGGUUCCAAAUGGAUCCUAUGAGGCAUGUAACAUCAAGAAUUGUUAUUUUACAAUGUCCCCUUAAGCAAGAUUGAAUUUGUUUUGAACUUUAGUUUAGACUGAAAUAAACCUAGAUCCUGCCCAGUUAAAGUGUGAUGCGCUAAUGAUAUGGAAAGAGCUGGCAGAAAUGGAAAAGGCUGUGGUCUCUCUAAUAGCUGGGCUAGAGUGUGGAGCUGUGGGGAAAUGAUAAGCAGUCUUUAAAUGCUGCUGUGAACACAAACCGACAGGUAAAGGAUGAGAACUGCACUCCAAAGGCUUGCAGAGAGGUUCCUCACUGAUCGCUAUAGAUGGAUGAAUAGCUGUUUGUAACAUUCUUUGUUUGGAAAUGGAAGGCUUUAAGUUAGCAGUGUCCUAUCAGUUUAAGGGUACAUUGUAGAACUGAACCUUUGAGUUACUGUGCAAGAUUUCUUUUUCAUGCUGUCAUUUGUAAUAUGUUUUUGAGAAUUCUUGGGAUUAAAGUUUUGGUUACAAAAAAAAAAGAAGAAAAGAAAAGAAAUCCCUCUUCACAAUGAUUGGGUUGUUUAUAAUCAACAAAAUGAAAUUAACAAGCGUUAGCAAGACUGGAGAAACUGGAGCCCUCCUCAGAAACCGCUGUUGAAUAUGUGAAGAGUGCAGGCUUUGGGGAGCCGUUUCAAAGUGUCUCAAAAACGUAGACAGUAACCAUAUAAUCUAACAACAUUAGUCAUCUAUGCAAGAGAAUGUAAACAUAUGGCCACACAAAGACCUGUACCCAGAUGUGUUUGGCAACAUUAUUCACUGUACUGGCUAGUUUUAUGUCAACUUGAUACAAGCUAGAGUCAUCUGAGAGAAGGGAGCCUCAACAGAGAAAAUGCCUCCAUAAGAUCCAGCUGUCGGCAAGCCCAUAGGGCAUUUUUCUUAAUUAGUGAUUAAUGGAGGAGAAUCCAGCCCAUUGUGGGUGAUGCUACCCCUAGUCAGGUAGUCCUGAGUUCUAUAAGAAAGAAGGUUGAGCCAACCAUGAGGAGCAAGCCAGUAAGCAGUAUUCCUCCAUGGCCUCUGCAUCAGCUCCUGCCUCCAGGUUCCUGCCCUGCUUGAGUUCCUGUCCUGACUUCCUUUGAUGAUGAACAGUCAUGGUGAAGCAUAAGCUGAAUAAACCAUUCACCCCCCAGGUUGCUUUGGUCAUGGUGUUUCAUCACAACAACAGAAACCCUGACUAAGAUAUUCACCAAAGCUGAAAACUGGAAACAAUUCAAAUGCCUGUCCAUUGAUGAAUAUGACACCAAUUGCAUGUCCCUGCCUUUGAAUAUUAAUUUGAUGAUGAAAAGCAAGGAAGUGAUGACACAUGCUAACACAGAUGAACCUUGAAAACACGGUGUUAAGUUUAAACGACCAGACACAUAAAACAACACACUGUAUAAGUGCAUUUCUCGAAAGUCACCAGGACAGACAAGUCCAGAGAGGCACAGAGCAUCUGUGGUGCUAAUAGUUGAAAGGAGAAGCAAGGCUGGAGGUGAUCGCUGCUGAUGGGCACAGGAUUUCCUUUUGGAAUGAUGAAGAUGUCUGAAAUAAAGUAACAGUGACCAUUGCACUGUCGAUAUCUUCUAGAACACUAGAUGGAAACUGUAAGAGCGAAAGUCUCAUGAUGUCUUCAUUCUCUCUCGACGAGGCUGUUGGAAAUAUAAUAACGUUAAGUUCUUCUUCCAUCUGACAGUUUAUUCCAAGUGUUCCAAGCAUUUAAGUAAAAUAAAGCCAUAAAAAUAUGUUU